GCGCCAAUCCUCCUGCGGACAAUGUUCCUAGUCCCCGGUUACAUCCUUUGCUAAAGGUGGCUCCUACACAAAGAAGAGAAGAUCCCACGUCAGAAUUGCCCAGAGAUAGUGGCUGCUGAGCUCUAAUCCUGGGAUCUUAAAGAAGAUGAGGAUAGAGCCCCAGUGAUCUUGUCGGAGAAGUACCUGGAAACAACACCAAUAGCAUUUCAAGACUAACCAUUUGAGAUUGUUACACGCUUGAGAUUGGAUUCCAAAAGGCAUCAUAUUCGAUAAAAUGGUUUCGAAAUGUUUGGUAAAUAGAAGGUUCGGGAAAGGAGGAGAGAUUGUCUGCAAUGUGUAACCUGUAGGAGCAGCAACGGACAGAAGUUUGGUCAUCGUCGUUGACAUUGGAAUAGCUUCUGCUCUGUUGUGGGAUAAGCCUCUCUCUCAUGCUUUGUCUAAACGAACCAUCGAACAUACUACCUCGCCUGAAAGAUCCGUCGAACAUGCUACCCCGCCUGAAAGAUUCCAGCUUUGGUGCCGCCAUUGGUGGUUCUUGAUUCUGAUGAUCGCAGGAGAUUGAGAGACAGAGACGGGAUGAGUCAGGAGAAAUUCUAGUUCUUGUGCAUUGUGGUUUAUGAUUUCUAUCAAAGACACGAUGGUGUCAUGAAAAACCCAGAUUCCCAAAUUUGGACUUUUUUCGGAUUUUGUAAAGAAAUGGUAUGCAAAUCUUGUAUGAUUGCUAUGCACGUCUUAGAGCACGUUUUUGUGUCUAAUUACAGAUUGUUUUUCCACGCAUAAUCUCAAGAAUAUUUAUUUAAAUAAACAAAAAUAACGGUCGAAUUUAUAACAGUAUAGAUUCAUACGUAAAUAGCAAAAAGACAACAUGAAGAAUUUCAAGUGUUGCUCAGAAGAACACACAUUAUGCAUGAAUACAUAUAGUCCUUUUUUUCCAUUUCGUAUCAAAUUUCAGUUGCAGUGUUGCACAAUAAAUCCAUUGAAUCCCACCUUAAAUAAUCCAUCUUUCCAUAAACCCUAACAAUCUCUACUGUUCUAAAGAAAGAAGAAGAAACUUAUUUUCCAAGCAAAUUUUCAAGAGACGAUACACAAAAAUGGCAUCUUCAAGUCUCUUUAUCACUGUCUUAAUCUUCUUGGCUCCAAUCUUUAUCCAACCAUGUCUCUCUCAAGGUCCGAGUCCUCCAGCUUCUUGUACUUCCUUGUUGCUAGCCUUGGCUCCAUGUGGUCCAUUCGUGCAGGGUUUUGUCCAGCUCCCUGCUCAGCCAUGCUGCAACAGCCUGAACCAGAUCUACAACCAACAACCGACCUGUCUCUGUCUCUUUCUCAACAACAAUAGUACUUUAUCCUCUGCUUUUCCGAUCAAUCAAACCUUAGCUCUCCAAUUGCCUCAGCUUUGUAGUAUUCCAGCCAAUUCAUCUGUUUGCUCCUCAGGGGCUUCCUCUGUUUCUCCACCAUCUACCAACUCAACCGAUUCUCAAAUCUCUCUGGGUGCAAAGAACAACUCGGGUGUGGCAGCGACCCCAGUGGCUCAAGUGGCACCAAAACCAACCAGCAUGAUGGGAUUGGGUUAUGGUCCGAAAUCCUCUGGUUCGAAGUCUAAGUUUCAGCUGACUAUCUUUGUGAUGGCAGCAAUCCUAACUGGAACACCCUUCCUCUUCUGACUCUAGUCCAUAGGCGUAUUUCCUUUAAUCUCCGUCCAGUUUACAUCCUUCACGUUCUUGCUUUUCUCUAUGAACUCAGAACAACGAAACACUUCCCAUAGGUUUAUGAAUGAAGUUGUGAUAAUGUUUCUUGAAACCAAAACAGAACAAUGUAACAAAAGUCUAUUUCUUGAAUUUGUAGCUAUUGCUUAGGUCACAAGUACAUGCUUAAGCAGGACCCUGUAAAAGGAAACAAUUUGUCCAACCUUGAAAGAAUUCCAGCAAUUUUAACCAAAAA